GCGGAGCUGCGGAGCCACUUGGUCUCCCGCAUCCGUCGGUCCAUUCCAGCGUGCUGUCCAUCUGAACGCGAGCUGCGGGAGCAGCCACGAGAUAGAAGCCGGCUGGCAUGGCAGCAAGCACGGAUGUAGCUGGGCUGGAGGAGAGUUUCCGCAAAUUUGCCAUCCAUGGUGACCCCAAAGCCAGUGGGCAAGAGAUGAAUGGCAAGAAUUGGGCCAAGCUGUGCAAAGACUGCAAGGUGGCUGAUGGAAAAGCUGUGACAGGGACUGAUGUUGACAUCGUCUUCUCCAAAGUCAAGGGGAAGUCUGCUCGGGUUAUCAACUAUGAGGAGUUCAAGAAAGCCCUAGAAGAGCUGGCAACCAAGCGGUUCAAGGGGAAGAGCAAGGAGGAGGCCUUUGAUGCCAUCUGCCAGCUGGUGGCAGGCAAGGAACCAGCCAACUUGGGUGUUACCAAAGCAAAGACAGGAGGUGCUGUGGACCGGCUGACUGACACCAGCAAGUACACUGGCUCCCACAAAGAGCGCUUUGAUGAGAGCGGCAAGGGCAAGGGCAUCGCCGGGCGGCAGGACAUCCUGGACGACAGUGGCUAUGUGAGUGCCUACAAGAACGCAGGCACUUACGAUGCCAAGGUGAAGAAGUGAGCCCCAGGAAGGUCUUCAGUGCUUCUGCCCCCGCCAGAGGCUCAGACCUGGGCUUAAAGGGGCACUUGGAGCAAGAAAGCCUGGUCUCCUCCCUGCUGGACCUGCCACCCAGAGCUUCCUGCCCAGCCCCAUGGGGCCAGUCCACCAGGCCUCUGACCCAGACUACUCUGUGUCCCCUUCUUCCACUCUCGCCUCCCCUGACCUCUGUUGGGGGACAGUCUCUGCCUAUAGCCUCACCACCCUAGCCUGGUCCCGGGCAUGGCUGAUUCCUGCCUGCUUGCCUCAUAUUUAAGCUGCUGCUCUGGCCAAGUGCCUAAUUCUUACCCAGACCUCAAUAAAGACACCUUUUGUACCAA